GGGUAACAUGGACUACAGCCCCCAGUCUCCACAGACAUGAUGCAGGAUUGCAUGCUCCCCCUCCCAGUGACCCCAGAUUCUGCAGGCUCUAUGCAUGACAGGUAUGUUCCAGCCCAUGUGAACUCCUACAUGAAUAGUGAAUACUGACUGAAGUCACCAUCUGCCCAGGGAGAAACAAUGUCUUCAGAGGCUCCAAGUUGUGGAGAAACCACAGUAUAGGUCCUCUAAAUCUCUGAAGCGUGCUCGGAACAGGCCAAAGGGUUAACGUCAGGAGAUGGCUUCAUAUCAUUGAGCCGAAGGCUUGGCAUCGAGAUCAGCGGUGCCCGGCUGCAAAGUGCUUGCUCGCACUUUAACUUAUCCCCAAAGAGCGUUCCAGGCGGAUAACGAGGUGCCAAGAUGUUCUGCUUGGUUUCAGGCAGGAGAUAUGUUACAUGGAUAAUAUUUCUGUUUAUAAAACCCUGAAACACAGAACGACUCUCUCAAUGUCAUGGCGUGGAGGGAGCAGCCUGGCCAGGCAUAUGGAAACGGACAUACAUGGUGAUCUCCAGGGACUCCAGGGCUCCACCAAGAAGGAUGUCCAGGUCAUUGUGGAAAGGGUCAAUUCCAAAAGGGGCUGACUCAUUCGAUGUCCGCGGUUCCGGCUCCCUGGACGUCACCAUUAUCUACAACCCCAAGACUCUGGACAGACCCCAAGACGGGGAAAAAUGGCCCCUAAACAAAUGCAUCAAAGUCGUGAUCACACCACAAAAGCCCAGCAAGGAACUGAACGACAACAAGAUUAAAGUCUGGUACUAUGGAUCUCAGCGGACGGAUGUCCGGGGCAACGCCACGCUGUACUUGACGUGUGUAGGCGUCUCCCUGGAUGUGGACGUGAGUCGCAUCGGAGCGGUGACCCGUGGGGUGAAGAAUAAGGACUCCUGGUCUUGGGGACCCGGUGGGAAGGGCGCGGUUCUGCUGGUGAAUUGUGAUCGAGAUCGAAACUGUUCCGGACUUCCUGACAACCAAGCCGCAGAGAUGCCCAACACUGCAGAUCUGAAGGACAUGUCCCCGAUGGUUCUCACGGCUGAGGGUCCUGAUGAAGUAUUCAAUGACUACAAAGUGAUUCUGUCCAUGUCUGAGCCUCACUCCAACAAACUGAGAGUCUACCAAACGUGCAAGAACACACACUUCCAUGUGCUGGGGAAGGGGAAGGUAUCGUACAAGGUCCAUCGCCAGAGGAGGGACGAGGUGACGUUCUACGUGGAGGGCCUGGAUUUCCCGGACGUGGACUUCCCUGGUCUGGUUUAUAUAAACCUGACAUUUCAGAAUGUGGGAAAUGGGACGGAGAUCUUCAAAGAGCGCGUGGCCUUCAGAGUCGCUCCGUGGAUCAUGACACCGAACACCCAGAAGCCCCUAGAGGUCUAUGUCUGCAAUGUGGAUAACAAUAAAGACUUCGUUAAGGUGUUAGCGGAGUUUGUGAAGAAGGCGCGGUGUACGCUGACCGUAUGCAAAUACACAGAAAACCAAGGAGACCGAUGGAUACAGGAUGAGAUGGAGUUUGGCUAUGUAGAAGCUCCUCACAAACGCUUCCCGGUUGUGUUGGACUCGCCAAGAAACAGAGGACUCAAAGAUUUUCCUGCUACAGAAGUUUUGGGACCAGAUUUUGGAUAUGUGACGCGUGAACCGAAAGACCCCGAUUCGGUGGGCACCCUGGAUGCAUUUGGGAACCUGGAAGUCAGCCCCCCUGUCACUGCGGGAGGGAAAGAUUACCCCCUGGGGAGGAUUCUCAUUGGCGAUGGGCUGAACAUGUCAGACUUCCGCAUGAACAAAGUGGUCAGAGACUUCCUCCACGCGCAGCAGGUGCAGGCGCCGGUUUACCUCUUCUCCACCUGGCUCCAAGUCUCCCACAUCGAUGAAUUCCUGAGCUUCGUGCCAGCGCCCGAUAGGAAGGGCUUCCGACUGCUGUUGGCGAGUCCCAAGGCGUGUUGGGAGCUUUUCAAGCAGAAGCAGAAAGAAGGUCACGGGAGUGCGGCCAUGUUUGAAGGCUUAAAAGCAACAAAAUAUACCAUUGAUGAGAUCCUGGCAGACAAGACAAUGGAGACAUCCGCCGAUACCUGUCAGGAGUACAUUGACAUGAACAGGAAGAUUAUGAAGCAGGAGCUGGGACUGUGUGAGAAGGACAUCAUCGAUAUACCUGUACUGUACAAAUGCCAUUCAUCCACAAAGUAUGCCGAGAACGCAGAGGCCUUCUUCCCCAACAUGGUGAACAUGCUGGUCCUGGGGAAGCACCUGGGGGUUCCGAAGCCAUUUGGACCUCAGAUGAAAGGUGUGUGCUGCCUGGAGGAGAAGGUGCGCUCACUGCUGGAGCCUCUGGAGCUGAUCUGCACCUUCAUCAAUGAUUACUCCUGCUACCACCAGUACUUCGGAGAAGUGCACUGCGGCACCAACGUGGUCAGGAAGCCAUUCUCCUUCAAGUGGUGGAACUGCGUCCUCUAACGCCGGGGUCACCGCUCAGCUAUGGGAGCAGAGUUACUGCCGGACAGUGCAGGACAGAGAGACAAUUCAUUGGGGGAGGGUCUGAGUGUUACACCCACUUAUUAUAGUGACACAGGUGGUACAAUGAGACACUGCGGGAUAUCUUCAGUAUUAGCUACAUGUGUAACUUGAAUCAUAGGUAACAAUAAACAUUUACUAAUGCCUUA